AUGCAGUAAGGAGCUGCGGCCGCCGCUGCUGCCGCUGCUACAGGCCUCUGGAUCCGGGACAAAGUAGGUUAACGACGCCGAGGCAGAAAAGAAAGUUUUUUUCGGGACAGCUUUCACUGACCUGUGAACGUUUAGACGGAGGUGUAGGUCGUGUCGGUGUGGCUCAUUUCACACGAUGAGACCGAAGGAAGGAGGAGGCUCACUGUAACGGUACUGUAAAAGACCCCUGCCAUGUCCGGUCCCACCUGGCUGCCACCAAGGACUCUGGACAACUCAGAGCGAGCCAUCCCCCAGAUGUCCCACUCCACUGGUGGACCAAUCUAUCGAGCCCCCAUCAAGAAGGGCACACCUGAUUUCAGACCAAAAUAUGGUCCCUAUGAUCAGAAUGGAGGAGGAGGAGGAGGGAUGGCCAACAGGUACAUGGCAACUGGACCCACAGGUGGACCCAUGCAUCAUUCAUCUGGUGAUCACUAUUACCCUUCUCCACAUGGUCCUAAAGAAGACCGCAGCUGGAGCCCUCACAUGGACAGCUACGAGCUGAUGCACCGUGGUCCUGAAAAGCCAGCGAGCUAUCACUCUAAAAUUGAUGCAGAAAUUGACUCCCUCACGAGUAUGUUAGCUGAUCUGGACAGCCACCCAGAGGACUCCAGCACUCAACUCUAUGACAACGUGCCUUACAACAAAUACCUCUCAGGGGAUCACUACAAGCCUGUACACCAGAGCACUGCCCCUCCUCCGGGUCGCCCAUCCAUGGGCUACAACCCUCAUCCCCAGAACCAAUACCACCCAGCAGCUCCCUACCCCAAUGAGCAUCAGGCACCUCAGUACUCCACCUCCCACCAGCAGGACUACUACACCACUUCAACCCCUAAACCCUACCCUCAGCCCGUCCCAGCAUCCUACACCACUGCGUCCACUCCUACAGGGCCCAGGUUCAGCGUCCAGGUCAAGACUGCGCAGCCAGUCACCUACUCUCAGACAGGGAGGCAGGCUGAACAGGCGUACACUCCACCCCCUCCUCGCCAGCACGUGUCACGACCCCCAGCCCAGACUCAGACAGGUCCCCAGGCCUGGUACCCUCCACAUCCCGGCUCACAGGUUCAGGAGAUGCACUCAGACGGGGGGUACAAGGGGAGCGGCUCAGGGUCUGGAGGAAGAGUUAACCAGGUUCCAGUGUCUAAGAGAGCCAUGGAAAAUAAUCAGACAGGGUCGGGAGCUGCACAGAGUCCUGGUUAUCAGUCAAGCAAGCAGGGGGCAGCAACAACCAGGCCCGAGGAAGAGCUGGAUCGCCUCACCAAGAAGCUGGUGUAUGAUAUGAACCACCCGCCUGCUGAGGACUAUUUUGGUCGCUGCGCCCGCUGUGGAGACAACGUGGUCGGCGACGGCAGCGGCUGUAUCGCCAUGGAGCAGGUGUUCCAUGUGGAGUGUUUCACAUGUAUCACCUGCCACGCACGUCUGCGAGGGCAACCCUUCUACGCUCUCGACAAGAAGAGUUACUGCGAGAGCUGUUACAUUAGUACAUUAGAGCGCUGUUCAAAGUGCUCCAAGCCCAUUCUGGACCGCAUCCUGCGAGCCAUGGGAAAAGCCUACCACCCUCGCUGCUUCACGUGCGUGGUUUGUAACUGCUGUUUGGAUGGCGUGCCCUUCACUGUGGAUGCAACAUCUCAGAUACACUGCAUAGAGGACUUUCAUAGGAAGUAUGCACCGCGCUGCUCGGUGUGUGGGGAGCCCAUCAUGCCCGAGCCGGGCCAGGAGGAGACCGUCAGGAUUGUAGCCCUGGAUCGCAGCUUCCAUGUCAACUGUUACGUUUGUGAGGAAUGUGGUCUCCUGCUGUCGUCUGAAGGCGAGGGUCGAGGCUGUUACCCGCUGGACGGCCACAUCCUGUGCAAGAGCUGCAGCGCUCGCCGCAUCCAGGACCUCUCAGCCAAAAUCUCCACUGACUGCUAACAAAUGUCUGCUCACUCAGCCUUCUCUCCCCCCCCACCCUCACAAAUCCACAGGAUAGACAGCACAUUAUUGAUAGCAGCUUAUUUACUUGCAUUGUUGGUAGAAAAACAUUAAUUUCCCCGUUUAGGUCUGCAGCUGCAGUUGGAGUAACCGCGUCACUGGUGUUCAGCUUUUCCCUCUGUAUCUCCUUUACUCUUUGGUACGUUGUUUGUAACGUUUAGCUCAAUGUUUGUACGACAGUGGCCUGACCUGCAGGCAGCUUGGGCUCCACUUACCAUUCAUCCACACCGGUACUGCCCACGUGUUGAGUUGCACAUUUUUUACCACUUUCAAAGACAAUGAAAGCACAGAUGGAAGUUAACAGAUUUCAGCCUGAAAAUAAGGAAUUUCUGCAGAUAAGGGACACGCACGAUAAUCAGGAUCAUGGUUUGACUGAACCAGUCUAGACAGUAGGCAACGCUUUACAUCAAAAUGCAUAUUAAAAGCACACAAUAUAACAACUGUUACUGUACAUAACAGGAGGGUUUGAGUGAAACUGCUCCCGGUUGUUUUGGAAAGCGCGGAGCCUGUAGUGCAGUGUGCAGUGACGUCAGUAGCCUAAUAGAAGAGGAAAUGUAGACAAGAGGAAUGUUUAGUAAUUUGACAGCUAAUAGCUUCUUUUUCUUUAACACUAGAUUUGUUAGCACAGAUUCUCAUGCUUCUCAACAUUACAGCAUCAUGUUGUUAGUUGCUUAGUCACAGCUUGUAGCAGGAUUUUUUUUUUUUUCUGCCAUUUGUGAAUGUCUACAAAACACUCUUUGUUUAAUGCUUGUUUGCUACUUGACAUGUUACAUUGAAAAUGACGGUGCAAUGAAGUCUGACUCUCACUUUGUCUAAUGGAAAGCAGGGUGUGGCUCACUUAUGAGGCAUCCUGCUGUGCAAAGCUUGAGCCUCAUAUAAAGAGUUUGUAUAUGUGCCAUUUGGGGAAAUGUAUAAAAAAAAAAAAAAAAAGCAUUAAAAAUAUGAUGCUCUGUUUAAAGGGGUAAAUGGCUUACAGCUUAUUGUUAUGGCGCGUUCACACCAAACUGUAAGCAAGGCUUUCGCUCAAUGUGAUUGCAGAUCCAGCGGGAUUGCAAUGACUGCAGGUACUCUCCCAGUGCCAAUGACAAUCAGGACAAGCUUACGGAAGCCUUUUGCGGGCUGCUGAAUCUUUGUUUGAACUUAGCUUGUAUGUAGAAGCUGGAAAAAAUGGAGAGGGCUUGGAGAAAAAGCGCUAUCGUAGGAUUUCAUGGAAAGUUCUGCAAAUUUAUUUCUGUAUCUUGAUCCCAGCCAUCAGCUGUACUCCCUCCUCAUCUUGUUGAUUGACGGGUUAACGAUCCGGCUACAUUUAUGUGAGUGCCGCGAAGCUUUUGUUUCUCGUUUGGUGUGAAGGCACCAUUAGGGGGUGAUGAAUGUUAAAUUUAAAGGGGACCUAUUAUGCUUUAUAGCAGCUCUGUAUUUUUAGUCUUGGACUCUAUUAAAGUGGCUUUGCAUGAUUCACAGUUAAAAAAAAAAUUAUCUAAAAGUUCUGAGCUGUUUUUGCUCCACCCCUUUUAAAGCAGCUCUUCUGAUUGGCCUCCCUUCACAAACAGUAGAUUUUGACCAGCAGGUGGGUGGGGCUAGUGUGCUUAUGAUAAACCCCUCUCCAUGACAUCAUAUACAGCUAAGAGCGGGAAAAAAAUUGGUCUGAAACUGAGUGUUUAUUUAAACUUUGGCCUUUUUUAAAAAAAAAAUAUGAGCACAGAGGAUUGUAACAGUGUAUAUAUGACAAGGAAAAACAUAAUAGGUUCCCCUUCUUUUUAAGGUGAGCUUGGUUUUGGAUUGCAGCUCUUCACCUGUGGAGACAAAGUAGUCAUACUCUGAGCCUUUGGAGCUACAGUAUUUGUUAUAAUUGUGUUUAACCUCUUGUCUCUCCGUCCGCAUUUUGUACGUGUUUAACUUAAAGGGCUCGAAAUGUGAAAGCCUUACCUCAAGGAUGUCAUUCAGCUCCAUAACAGUCCUGAUUUGAAACUGUUUUUGUGUGUGUGUGUGUGUGUGUGUGUGUCUGAAUUCUGCUUUUGUUUUGGUGACACAACAUGAUCACUUUAAACCACUUCAGAGUUGUCAUCUCAUGUUAAUUUAUCUCAUAAUGUACAUACUGUGUCAGCACUAAUCUGCUUUUGAAACAUUUCAUAAUGCUUACGUGUCAUUUCGUGCCAACUUGUGCGACGCCCCCUCGGAUGUUGCAGUUUUUGUCUCCAUUUCGGUCACCUGGUACAAUCAUUGUCAUGCAUUCAGAUUAAAAUGCUGUGAUUUGAGGCUUUUUGAUUAAAGUCCACUGUACUGCAGCAGACUUUAUUUAGAGUGAACGUUAUUGAAACCAAAAACGCAGAUGGCUAAACGGACAGCAGGACAUGUGGACCCAAGAGUGGCUUUUUCUCCUUUUGCAGGCUGUAGGUGCAUAAUUAAAAUUUAUACCCUCAGUUGUCCUCA